GAUUCAUCCAGAACCCGGAUACAAUGGCCGCCAUUCGGUAUGUCAUCUUUGGACGGUAUUCAAGCGUACCACGGUGGACAACGAUCGGUGUUUUUCUGCUGGGACUACUCACAUGCCAUCUAGCAUGCGUGGAGGCACAAGUCCCAGGAUUUGGUAAAUGUCCCAAAGUACCUGUGGAGGAACAUUUUGACACAUACGCCUAUCUUGGCCGAUGGUACGAGCAGGAAAAGUAUCCAUUUUUCUUCGAGCUCGGUGGAAAAUGUAUAACGGCUGACUAUUCGCUCAAUCCGGACGGUACGAUUGGGGUGCUGAAUACGCAGAAGAAUUCUUUAACGGGCAAUGACAACAGCAUUAGUGGAUCGGCUAGAAUUGUACAGUCGGCAAAGUUGGCAGUUAAGUUCCCGAGUGCACCAUUCAACGUGGAAGCGCCAUACUGGGUUGUUGGAACGGACUACAAAACAUUCGCCGUCGUGUAUGCCUGUUCCGAUCUUCGUGGUUUCAUCAAUGCAAAGGUAGCAUGGAUUCUGACCCGCAAACGCCAUCCGGACAUUGAAACGAUGAAGAAAGCGUACGCUGUGCUGGAUAGUGCCAAGAUCUCGCGGGCGUAUCUCACGCGUACGGAUCAGAAAAAUUGUGGCGAAGAUGUGGUAAAGGUCAGUAAAGGCAUCUACAAAACGACCGUCGUGAAGGGUUGA